AUGAAGGUUGUGUGCAUGCUUGUUGCCAUCUUGGCUUUCACAUCCUCACUUGUCUUUGCCUACGACCCUAGUCCUCUGCAAGACUUCUGUGUGGCAGUCAAGGAACCCAGUAGUGUAUUUGUGAAUGGAAAGUUUUGCAAAGACCCUAAGCAGGUAAAGGCUGAAGAUUUCUUCCUACACGUGGAACCUGGGAAUACCAACAACCCAAUGAAUGCACAAGUGACUCCUGUGUUUGUUGAUCAACUACCUGGACUGAACACGUUGGGCAUAUCUUUGGCUCGCAUAGAUUUUGCACAAAAGGGUUUAAACCCUCCCCACACUCACCCUCGGGGCACAGAGAUCCUUAUAGUUCUUGAGGGAACUCUCUAUGUUGGAUUUGUGUCCUCUAAUCAAGAUGGAAAUCGCCUCUUCACCAAAGUCCUCAACAAGGGUGAUGUCUUUGUCUUCCCAAUUGGUCUCAUUCAUUUCCAACUCAAUGUGGGAUAUGCCAAUGCUGUUGCCAUUGCUGCUCUUAGCAGUCAAAAUCCAGGAACCAUCACAAUUGCCAAUGCUUUGUUUAAAGCUAAUCCACCCAUUUCUGUCGAAGUUCUCGCCAAAGCUCUGCAAGUGGAUAACAAAGUAAUUGAUGAUCUUCAGAAGAGCUCAUGGUAUGACCAGAACUAG